UUCCAUGAAAUUAUAAUGAAGACUUUUUUCAGUGAUGCGGCUCAUAGGAUCCACCCCUUAGCUGGUCAAGGAGUGAAUCUGGGAUUUGGUGAUGUUGUUUGCCUGAAUAGGAUUUUAGGGAAUGCUGUAUAUUCAGGAAGUAAAUUGAAUGACCUGAGUUAUUUAAAGGAAUAUGAAACGGAAAGACAGAGACACAAUGUACCCACCAUGUUGGCCGUUGAGGGGCUGCAUCGGCUAUACAAUUCGAAUUUCACCCCUGUCGUUCUACUGAGAAGUCUGGGACUGCAAGCUACCCACGUUAUGAAUCCUCUCAAGAAAAUUAUUGUUAAUCAAGCUGCCGCCUGAUUGCAAAGUAAGUUAAUCCUAGUCACUUUUUGGGGGACGACCACUCUCCGAGCCAGGAAUUCAUCCAUUUGGUUUGUAAAUUAUUUUUCUUUGUAUGUACUUUUUAAUUCACCUCUAUUAGUGACUUUCCUGUAAAUAAAGUGAUAUUAGUAUUUGAAUAAAACAAAGUAAAUUGUA